AUGCCACCGCGAUCACAAUCGAAAAAGUCUCGUAAAGCCCUUGAAAGGAAAGAAAAAAAACUCUUAGAGGCAAAAAUAAGAGCUUCUCAAGAAAAAUGUGAAGAGGGACAGGCUUUUCUUGAACCACCUGGUCGCAACGCGCAGCCAAAUUAUGCAAAAGCAAUGACAGCUCUUGAAGCUGCAAUUGAAAUUUAUGAUGGAAAUGCUUUGGCCUAUUUUCUUAUGGGAGAAUGUCUUCGUGGACAAGAAGAACAUGAAAAAGCUAUUGAACGCUAUACUCAAUGUUUAGAACGAGAUGCUUCUGAUACUAGGGCACUAGAAGGACGAGCAGCUAGUUACUCAGCCUUACAAAAAUGGUCUUCUGCUUUUGAAGAUUAUACUACUAUUAUUCAAAUUGAACCAGAAAAUGAUCACGCAUAUAAUCUUAGGGGAUUGUGUACCUUAAGUACACGAGUUCCAGGUUUACGAUUACUUUCUGCUGAUUUUAAUCAUUGUGUUAGUGAUUUUCAAACAGCUAUUAGACUUAAUGAAGCAAACUACUAUGCUUGGGCCAACCUAGGAAAGGCUUAUGAAGAUCAGGGAAUGCCUGAAGAAGCACUGAAUGCCUAUUCUUCUGCAUUAAAAGUAAAAGAAGAUUAUCAAUAUGCUCAGUUACGACGUGGUUGCCUCGCUUUACGUAUGGUAGAAAAUGCUUGGGAUGAAGAGGAAAGGAAGAAAAAUCAAGUUAAAAAUACUGAACUAGGUAAUAGUUCUGGUAUUAAUACAUCAUCUAUUCCUAAAUCUAUGAAAGAAGUAGAAGAAGAAGUACGCUUAGAAAUGGAAUCAGCUGCCCGUAGACAGAAGGAAGAAGAAUUACUUGAGAAUGCUAUUAAAGAUCUCCAAGCGUUAAUGAUAGACGAUGCGAACAAAAUGAAAUGGGAUCCAUGUUUACCAUUGAACUUGGGUUCUUGUUAUCUUCUUAGAAAAGAUCUCAAUAAAGCUGAAGAGGAGUUUAAACUAGUUACAGAGAUUAUUAAUGCCAGACCACAACUCGUUACUGACGGAGAGGCAGAACCUAUUCCUAAUGUGGCAGCCAUAGAAACAGUAUUAAAUCUCAAAAAAGAUAUACUUAAAAAAGCAAGAGGUGAACGGUUUCUGGCAGGAAACAAAUAA